CCAGAUCCAGAUGAACUUCUUGAUGAGUCAUUCACCGACUCGAAAGGCUUCUUCCAGCUGAGUGGACACACUCGCGAGAUAUCCAAUAUCGAUCCUGUUUUGAAAAUUUAUCAUAAUUGUAACCUCGGCAACAAGGUGAGUGUAUUUUAA